AUGGCUGAACCGCCCGAGUCCGCAGACUCCAAGUCGCAAGCGACCAGUUCGAUGCAGGCACCCUCAGGCCAGAAGCCUCUCGACACAGCGGUCGAAGAGGAUUCAGAUCCAGACUUUGACGACCUCGACGAUGUUCUCGAUCAAUUCUCCGCCGCCACCUCCCAGCAACAACAGUCAAAAUCUCAGCCUCCAGAGCCCGCACCUUCGUCCUCCGGGCCCGGCAGACCGUUGACGGAGAAAUCGUCGGCCCUCCCACCAGACCUGCCAAUUCCCUCCGGUCCUCAUGCCUCGGAGACGGAAGACGAAUUCAUGGCCCGGCUGACGGCUGAAAUGUCCGAUGUCAUGUCCAAGAUGUCGCUCGACCCGGCGGCCAGCGCCGCCACACCAGAGGAAAUCUCAAAGAUGGGCCAGGAAUUGGAGGAAUUCACGCAGAAGAUGGAGGCCGAGGGAAUCAAGCCGGAGGAUCUCCUGAGGGCCAUCUUGGGGGAGGACGUCGGCGGGAAAGUCGGGGAUAUGGCACACGCGGAAGCGACGAGGAGGGAGAGCGACUCCAAGUCCAAAUCUAAGUCCAAAUCGCGAAGCCCCCAAGCCUCAAGAGAUACAGCCGCAAGCGCCCCCUCAGCAGCAGCACCAUCCUCAGCAGCAGCAGCAACACAACCCAGCACCGCCAAGCAACCGUCGACCUCGUUCGAGGACACGAUCCGCAAGACGAUGGCGCGGAUGGAAUCCUCCUCGGCGGCAGCGUCGUCGGCAACUGCCAAAACCUCGCAACAAAAGUCCGAAGAAGACAUGCUUGCCGAGAUGCUGCGGGCGCUCGAGGCCGAGUCCGGUUCGCAGUCGGACAGCGAACUAUCCAAGAUGUUCCUGGGGAUGAUGGAACAACUGACAAACAAGGACAUGCUGUACGAGCCCAUGAGGGAACUCUCCCAAAAGUUUCCCGAUUACCUCUCCACCCACCAGCCGCCCGCGCUGCCACAGUCCGAGCACGAGCGCUUCUCGCGCCAAGCCGCCAUUGUGAGGGAUAUUGUGGCCAAAUUCGAGGAACCGGGGUAUAGCGACGACGACCCGAAGUGCCGCGAGUUCAUCUGGGAGAAGAUGCAGGAGAUGCAGACGGAGGGGUCCCCACCUGACGAUUUGAUCGCUAAUCCACUGCCGGGCAUGAGCGGCUGGUUGGGAGGAGGAGGAGGCGAGGGCGCAGAAGGCCUGGACGAGAGUUGUCCGACGCAGUGA